AUGGCGAACGACGAAGCGAGCGCCCUGAAGGAGGAGGCACGCUACUUUGACUUUACCUCGUUUUACAAGAGCACUGAGUUCUCGGACCGGACUAUCCGACUAGAACUCCUGGACAGUGAUGAGAAAGAUCCGAAAGUCCAAGAAGCUCACGAGUUAACGGACAGCGCUCCAGCAUCUGACCUCUUACAGAACUCGUCAGACUCGGGACCCCCUAGUGAUGAUGACAUUCCAGUUAACUCCAUCGUGCUCGCCGCCAAGAGCUCCGUGCUGCGAACCAUGUUGUCCAACGGCAUGAAGGAGUCGGACAAGAAAGCGCCGGUCAUCGUUAGAGUAACCCUCGAAGAGAAGGCGGCUUUUGAAGAGAUGGUCCGCUUCUUCUACUCCGGCACUCUAUCGCCGACUCUUUGCAAGCCGGCUACCGACGUGCGAGCACUCGUGGCACUUCUCUUUGUGGCAGACAAGUUUGACGUGCCCUCUCUGAUGGGCGCCGUUUGCGAGCAGUUGCGCAAGGCAGACGGUGCCGAAGUUUUGUGUCGAGUUCCUUCAGCAAUCCGACUGCGUCCUCUAAUCAAGGAAGUUAUGGACGACGCAGUUGCCCGCGUCGUGGAGGAAUUUAAGGACGUAAGCGGGAUGUUCUCUUGCAUGAGUGGCGAGUACUUGGAGACGCUGCUUUCUCGCGAGGAUUUGCAGCACAAAGACACGCAGUCUUUGGUCACUGCAGCUCUUAGGUUCCAGGCCUACUCCGAUAGCAAGAAAGAAAAGCUGGGACAGGGGCUCUGCCAAAGGAACGGCGUGCGCUUUGUCCACCUGGAGAUCGUUGACCACUUUCUUUUGGACGAGAGCGGAAAGACGCGAGAGUCGCGACGAGCCGUGUGGUUUGGAAAGAACUGGUUCAUCAGCGUGCAGAAGAAUGAUCGAAAGAAUCCGCCCUCUGUGGGAGUUUUCCUAUACUGCGAGAAAUCCUCGACCGAAGAGAGUUCAAGUGCUGCAACGGAUACACUUGCGCUCAAGAUCUACGUCAGGACGUGGCCAAGUGGCCUUUGGAAAAGAGUUAUUGAGGACAGAAAGACUUUCAGCCUGGAUGAGACAUUAGGGACGACCAGCUGGGGCGGUACCGACGCUCUGCAGAUGCCCUGGGAUGAAGCACGAGGGUCGGAGAAGUUUGUGGGCUCCGUCGGCACCGUGACCAUUAAGGCUGUAGCCCGUCGAUUUCAGAGUUGCCUCAGCCCCGUGACGUGUUAA